CGCCCCCAGUGUGUACGCGAGGGCCGCGAGGUGUGGAUUGUCCCCCGUGGAUGAGUGUUGAUUCGACUCACAUACGUACAAACUAAAUGUGUCGCGAAGGAAAUAUUUCUGAUCAUCUGUGAGCCGGCCUGGUACACGCUUCUAUUUAAGUUCUGUUUUUCUUUUGAACUUGUAUGAGUGUGUUGGAGAGAUCUAGUCUUAUCAAAAACACAGAAGAUCAAAGCUGUGUGUGUGCGUGUGUUCAAUACAGAGAAAGAUAUGUUCUGUUCAAUUUAAAGUUUUGUGUUCAAUUUGAUCUGUAUUGUAUUUCUGGAGUGUUCAUUGCAUGCCAAGACGAGCUAGCAGACAUCCCUGUCUGAUGGGAGCACCGCUAGUUGACCAGCACCACCUGGGGGUGUAAGAGCCGUCCAGCAAUCAGCAUGUCUGGCUGGGCUAGUCUUUCUGGAUACCUGUCCAUCAAGCCGGGAGGUGGAGGUCUCAGUCUUUUGAAGACGAGGAAACGCCUAUGGUGUGUUCUAGAGGAAAGUCAGGGGAGGCUCCUUUAUUUUAAGAAUGAAGAUGAUGCACGGAGCAAGGUCCCCAUUGGAUAUAUUGAAAUACGAGGGGCCGCCAUUACACUGGAUAUGGAUAGUCAUAAUCAGUUUAUUAUUAUAGUGGAUGGUAAGGAGAUACAACUGACUGCUGAGAAUCACGAGUCGAUGAUGAUCUGGCUCAUGGCACUACAGGCGAGACGAGACCAGUUUGCUUUGGCCGAGAAGUCUCGGACGUCCUCCACGUCUACUGAAAAUGACUUCGACCUUGACCUCAACUUCCUGGAAGUGGUGGAAUCACGUGAGAGGGUAGGCUUCGAUCUUAACCUCUCCGACCGCUCAGAGAGGUCGUCUGCCGCUAUGGACGACAUCUUGGCCAAGAAGAGGCUGAACUACAUCAGGAGCGCAUCAGAUUUAUCCAUAGUAAGAACGACAACUGAAUUAAAACCAACACCGAUGCAUCAACCAAGGGCACAUAAGCCACUAGAGGCGACACAAUCAUUACAAGGUCAGUCACUUGUAGCCACUGUUGGAUUCCUGGGAUUGAGUCCUGAUUGGCGGAGAAACCAACUCAAGAAAAUGGGUGAUACCAUUGAUAACUCUCACCCCUCAGCUAAAACAGUAUUUGAGAAAGAUCGUUCGCUGUCACUGCCCCCACUCUUGGAAGAGAUUAGCAUCAUUCAAAAAGUAGCAGAGUCUGCACUUAGCCAUCUGCAUUCCGGGAGCCGUCAAUUGUCCAUGUCCAUGAGGGCUCAGAGAAUGACCCAGAACGAUGUGAUCUGGUCCACCCAAAGCAGCAGCAGUAGCACAGACAACAGCGAUGACCUGUACAUGGGCAGUGGUCAUCAAAGCGUAUCUCGCAGUGCCAGUGAUAAGGAUUCAGAAACCAUUGCUAGUACUGCACCACAGGAAGAGACGUCUCAGGCUGAGGUUCCGGAUGAUGAAGGCAGAGUUUCUGACUUAGAGAAAGAACUCAUAGCCACCAAGUGUGAACUUGCCAAAGUACUAAACAAACAGUCCUGUUUCCAAGAAAUAUUGAAACAAAAAGAUGAAAUAAUAGAAGACCUGGAUGAGAAACUAGGCAACAGAUCUUUUAACAGUGAAGGUUAUGACAGUAAGAAAAGAGGCACUGCUGUGAACAAAGAACACCAAGAAAGAGUCAGAGUUUUGCAAAACCAGAACAGAUUUUUGAAUGAGGAAGUGAGACGACUGGCUAAACUAAGAUCUCAGGAACAUGAUAAAAUUAAAAUACAGGAAAGCAAAGUCAGAAAGUUAGAGGCAGACAUUGAAGUUUGGAAGCUGGAGUAUAUCUCAUUAAUACAAUCAAGCAUCAGAUUUACUGGCACUGAUACAAUGGAUGAUGCUGAGUUGUCACUCUAUGGUGGAGACAGACACAAGAACAGAAUCAUAUCUUUGUUAGAAGAAGCCAGAAAGAUUAAUCCUAGUCUUCCAACCUUUGAACUUUUGUCACGUGGAGAGGUGCAUGUUGAUACAUAUGGUUUUAAACAUCAUUUCUCAGACGAAGGUUUAUUGCUACACUACUUGUGUCAAGAGUUAAGUCAGCACUUCCUAUGUCAGGCCAGCUCUUAUGAAAAACAUCAAAGAAAUUGGCUCCAGUAUCUCAAGAACAAUACCAAACAAUUAAUGGCAAAUAAAAAAACACUAAAAGCAUUAGUGAGGAAUGGCAUCCCAGAUGUACAUAGAAAGACAAUGUGGAAAGCAUUUGUUAUGGCUCAAGUAGAAGAUAUUAUCAUAGAGAAGGGAGCUCACUACUUCAGAAGUUUGUGUAAUUCCGUUCCCGACUCUCCUUUAGCAGCAAGAUACAGAAAACAAAUAAGUUUAGAUCUAAUGAGAACAAUGCCGACAAAUGUGAAGUUUUCUACGCAAGGUUGUAAAGGGAUAAUGGAUUUGCAGGAUGUCCUACUAGCAUUUUGUAUCCACAAUCCACAUGUCGGAUACUGUCAGGGAAUGAACUUUCUUGUGGCAAUGGCUCUAUUGUUCAUGGAUGCUCAGGAUGCAUUUUGGACACUUGUGGCUGUGACUGAGCGCUAUCAUUCUCCCUCCUAUUUUGAUCACAAUCUCUUGGGAGCGCAAGCUGAUCAGGCAGUCCUGCAUGAUUUGAUGUCAGAGAAACUUUCAGAGCUGGCUAAACAUUUGGAUGCUAUUGACAUUGAGAUUUCUACUGUCACUUUGAACUGGUUUCUUGCUUUGUUCUUCGAUGCAGUUCCAUUCCCAACUUUGCUGCGGAUCUGGGAUUGCUUCCUGCUGGAAGGACCCAAGGUGUUGUUCCGCUUCUCUCUGGCUAUCCUGCACAUCCACAGCAAGGAAAUCAUUAUGAAGUGUGACACCAUCAGCGUCAUGAGACAUCUCAAAGCUUGUGCCAAAAUAACUUAUGACGUGGAUGGUCUUGUAAUGGCAGCUUUCAAAACAUUGAAACCAUUCCCACGUCGCCAGGACAUAGUCAGCAAACAGACUUGUUACUUAAAUGCCUUAAAAGAGAAAUACAAGUGGCGAGACAUGCAGAGAGUGACCUAUGCUGAGAGAGAGAAUGUGUACUUAAGUAUGGAGUGUGAUGCAGAUAAAUAUACUGGAUUUGAAUGUUGUACAGUGACAAAACCAGGUGAAGCUUGGGUUGCUUACAGUGAUCCCCCUUUUGUCAAAAUAUGUAUAGUAGACUGUAAGGAACAAACUAUGACAGACACAAAUAUUAUAUUUGAAACACGAGUGUUGUCUAUGGUGUAUGCUAAUGAUGAUAUGGUUUUAAUUGGGACUCUGUCCUGGUUUGUGUUCUCAUACAGCCAGUCUACUAAGGAGCUACUAUGGCAGCAGAGACUACAUGAUGCAGUAUUGUCAAUGCAAGUGUAUCAAGAUGAAGAUGGUGACAAAAUGUACAGACUAUUUGCUGGUUUAGCUGAUGGAACUAUUGCUGUUUUCGAGGCUGUGAGCUCUCAGUGUACCAAUUAUGACCUAUUCUAUCUACCUGUUGGUCAGUCUCCAGUCACCUGCUUGCAGGUCCUAGGCAAUAAACUUUGGUGUGCAUGUGGAAACAAUGUCUCAAUUAUCAAUGCCAGUACUCUCGAUCCCAAAGACAGAUUCACAGUAUCCACUAAUCCCUAUGACACCAUACUGUCCCUUGUCCCUGGUCUUCCAGGUGUCUGGAUCUCUGUCAGAGGAUCUUCUGUUCUGGAAUUGUGGGAUCCUGAGAACAUCACUUGUAAAAUGCUGUACGAUACCCGUACAGGAAAGUUUCCAAAUCUGAGAAAAGAAGAUGAAACUUAUUUUAAUGCUGCUAGAAUCACAUCCAUUCUCUCCCUAGACUACAAUGUUUGGGUAGGAACUGGGGAGGGCAUUCUCAUCACCUUUGAUGUUUUCUCUCAAGGGCAGAAAACUCCAUCAGAAGCAUCAUCUUUCAUGGCGGAAGCAUUUUUAUCGGGUGACUUGGAACUUCAGUCAUGGCAGUCUUCCUCACAAAAGAGUGAUGUUGAGAGUCUUGCACGGCUUGUGGAAGUGGAAAAACGUGUGAAAGAGCUUAUACAUAGGCAAGGCACAGAUGGGGAUGAUUCCAUUGACCAGAGCAAUAUGGAUGAUAGCAAUAGUUCAUAUUUAGAAAUAGAGCUCCCUGGAAUGGAUUCAGACCUUAAAAACAUAGGAAUAAAUUCUAGAGAAAAUUCUAUGCCUAACGUAAAAGAUCAUUUUGAUCAAAGAAAUAUCUUCUCUCACGAUGUGAAUUUUGAGAACAAAAUGGAUCUCACUAAGACAUGGUCAGCUGAUUCUGCCCACACCGAGUUUUCUAUUAAGACCAACACAUCAGGGGUCAGCUCCAAUUAUAGCCAUCACUCUGAUAUCAGUGAUACCAUAGCACCAGAUGUUGUUUCAAUGUACGACUCAGGCUAUGCCCAGCCAAAAGAACCAUUCAAAAACAUCCAGCAGGUGACUGUAAUUCCUGUGGCUGAGAAACACAUUGCAGAUGUCAUUCAUUUAAACUUACCCAUACAUAAACAUGAUGAGGUGACUACAAGACCUAGCAGUAAUGAAGAUAAAACAUGUAAAAACUAUCCCCAAGAUAUUUCCAAUGUAAAUAAGGAUAUUGUUGUUUGCUAUGAGAAAAGAGCAUCAAGAAAGUCAGCAGACAGUGGAAUCUCUUCAAUUCAUGAGAAAAUUACAAAAGAAACAGAGCAAAGAUUUGAGAGCUCUGUCAAUGGUCUAUCAUGUACACCACAGGAAAGUACUGAGUGUUCAGCAGAGCUUGUUACAGACCUAAAUAACGAAGUGCCUGACUCACCUGACUCAAUACACUUUCAAAGUGAAGAAAAUGAUGAAGUAUCAAAAACUAAAGUAUUCAUUCUAUCUAAUGAAAGAAGUGUUUCUUUAGAGUCUAAUAAAACAGCUGAGUCAGAUGAUGUGUUUCAAGAGAACUCUAUUAGGGAUGGAGGUGAUACAACUAAUAAAGACACAACUACUAAUAGCCAAGAAGAGAUAGAUUUAAAAGACAACAUUUUAACAGACAAUACUUUACAGAAUGACAUUCAUCUGAACUUAACUUAUGAAAACAAUUUGGCCAACAAGUUUAAUGGAGACAUCUUGAGUGAAACAAACAGAGACGCCUUGAAUGGUCACUUUGUUGAGGAGCACAUCGAGAAGACUAAAUCCAACACUAUUCUUAGAAGAGUGCAAAGCCUUAAGAAAAACUUCAAAGUUGACUUGAAUCUCAGCUCUAAUAAAAAGUCAUCUAAACUUAAAGACAAAUUUACAGACCAAACUAAUCCCAAUCUCAGUCAACACAUCUCAAGUUCAGUGGGAGAAUCUGUUGUGGUCACAGAAACUCUUGAAACUCAAGACAUUAAUCACAACCUAACUUCACCAUCCUCUGUUUCAAAGGAACUUGUUACUUUUGAUAUAUCAGAUUCUCAACAAGACGCUGUGCAUAAAUUGUCGAAUUCAUCUACCACACCUCUUGAAAUGCUGGUAGAUGCUGACAAAAACAUUCCUGAUAACAAAACAUUUCCCCAAGAAGAAAAUGUGUCUAGACCUUUAAAUGGUGAGCCUACAUAUCUUCAAAGCAAUGUUCGUCCUCAGAACACAAACACCCCCAACUUCACACCCAGUGAAAACAGUGCCAUGAAACAUCCAAUAAGUAGCCAGCAAGAAGAAACAGAGCAGCUAAGCAUUGAUACAAAGUUUUAUGGGGACUCUGAUGAGGACAGUGUUGUCCAUGAAGCGCGUGUUCAGUCAUUCAAAGACAGCUACAAGAAAAUGUCCAACGCAAAUUUAAAAUUUAAGUUGUUAAAUGACAUUAUUCCUGAGAAUGCAAAUGUACAAGUUCAGAAAGUUCAGAGAGCCCCCAAAUUGUCUGGAAAUAAAGAUAGUUACACUUCCUCAGAAACACAUUCUAAGUCUUCAGAUUUUGGAUCCUUAUAUCAUUCAACUGGAUCACCUAAGAAGCCAUUAUCUGUGAUUGGGAGACAGAGCUCUGAUGCAAGUAUAAUAUUAGGAAAUAUUCAACCCAAAGACCCUGAUGCUCAGUGGCGGCUGGACUACACCAAUAUUCAUGUUGACACUGACCUUGAGGGCUCUGUCAUGUCAAUAGGAAUGCAUGAUGGGCUGGGCGGUGAUGUUGACUCUUCCUUACCUUCAAGCAGACGCCUCAGUUGUAUCAGUACCAACUCUGAUUUGAAAGAUCAAAGAAUGAAUCAGUUUCUGAGAGACACUGCUAGCUCUUACAGUUCUCAUUUGUGUCUGUCUUCUGAAGAUGAUAAGAUGAUGGCAUUUCUGUCCACUCCAAAUAUGAGUGACUGCAACUCUGCUGGCUGGUCUUCUUAUGAUGACAUCUCUACACCAUCACAGGACAAUGACAGUGUCAGAUACAGAAUGCCUAGACCCAGUGCCUACAACAUGGAAAGUAGAGCCACCAGUAUCGCCAGUACGCUAGACCUGUAUGCUGGUGGCACAGACCUGGCACUAAUGAGUAAAAACAAAAUAUCAGAUAAACCUGUAAAAUGGCUGCUUUCCACUCAAAGUGAAGGGAGACCUGUAAUACUUAGUUUCUCUGGAUCACAUUCUGAUGACGAGGCUGCUCUACUUUGGUCAAGGGAAGCCAAAGAGACACUUUGGACUAAUGCUCCAAUACUGGAAUAUAAUCCAACCACCAAAAGGGCCACUCUGCCCAGCUACAUGAGGCCGCAGUUGGCCAGCUCAGCCCGAACAAGUCCACGCAUCAAAAUAACAAGCCACUCUGGAACUUGAGGCAGACAACAUGUAGCAGACAAGGCAUUUGCUUUUCACCUGGAACACAAUGGUGGGUGUUUAAAUGACUUAAACUCUGUCUGUUCAAGGGUUAGCAUUGAAUGAAUUUCUACAUUAGUACUUAACUAAGUAAAAAGACAUCAUUUGUUUGUAAACUACUGAUAUGUAGGAAACUUAUUUUAAGAACAUAUUACCUGACAGUCACAAGUAAUGCUGUUUUAUAUGUUACAUACAUGCCAUAUACUGGCGAAUACUGAACCUUGUCAACCUUUUAUAUUUACAUGAAAGCGUAUGAUGGCCAUAUUUAUUAGGCUUUAAGUGACAUGAAGUGUAUUCUUUUUUUUGAAAUAAAAGUGUCUGGAAAGUCAAUUGUGUUUUAAAUAUAAAUUGUAAAAUAUUUAUUUGUAUAUAUAACAAUGACAUGUAUAGCUUAAAUAUGAAGUGUUACUUUAUAAAUGAUAUUUAUGUUUACUUGUUUUUAAAUCAUAAAAAUGUUCCUGCAAUUACAUAAUGGAGAUUUUGAAAUUAAAUAUCACUAGAUCCAGUUUUUAUAAAUUCUCAAAUGAACUUGCAUUUUUGUGCACAAUUCCAUUCUUUAUUGUAUGCUGAAUAAUAAUAAAAACACACAAAGUGAACUUUAUUUUUUGUCCAAAAUAAUAAAGACCAAAAAUAAUGUAUAUCUUUAGAACAACAAUACCACACUAAGUGCCUCAAAUGUAAUUGUAACCUACAUUCUAUUUUAGUGGUGUAAUUAAAAAAGUUUUUUUUUUUUUUUAUUUUGUAGCCCCUUUCAAUUCUUCCUUCGUUUUGUUUUUUAUUAUUAUUUUUAUAUUUUAUUACUUGUAUAUUAGAGAUUUUUCUGGGUAUUUCUGUAUUUUGUAUUUUUUACAAAUGUGGGUGUAAAUAUGAAGGAGAUAACUCUACAUAUAACUGUCAAAGUCAACUUCUAUUAGCACAUUAUUUUAACUCUUUCCAAACUUACUUUAAAGAAUAAAAAUAUUGUUAAUGACUUUAAAAAAAUGUUUUCAAUUUUGGAUCUUUAAAUAAAUGCUCAAAUAUUUAUAAUGUGAUCAUAAGAUAAGAUAAUGUUUUUUUUUCUUUAAAAAGAAAUUUGAAGUCUAGCAUUAUUACAAAGUGUUUUUUCCUGCAUUAUUAUUAUAAUGAAAAAAAAACCCCACUACAGACUAUUCCAUGGUAUUGCAUUUUACAGAGCAAUAGAGAUAAUGCAUCUCAUUUUUCACUUAUGUAGCAUGUAAAUAAAAAUAAUUGAAUUAUUUUGACAAUUCAAUCAGUGUUGAUAAGUUAUGAUUGUUGAUAAAUAAUUGUCAGAAUUUUGUGAUAACCUGUGAUGUUUGUAAAGUUAUACUUAUAAAUAUUCUAAACAAAGGAUAUUGGUGUGUAUCUUAAUUAAGAAAGAUGGUUGUUGUUUGUUUCAGUUUAUUUCACAAUCAUUCAUACUGUGAUAGCAUUUGCUGCCUUAAGAUCCCACUUGAAAUUUUUAUUCAUAUGGUUGACAUUUUUUGAAGAUUCCAGAGUUAAAAAACCUCUUGAAGAUUAUCUACAAUAGUCAAUUUGUUGAUUUCUAUAAAUAUAAAUUUUUGUUUACACAUUUUUUGUCAAAGUCAAGGAAAAUUAUUCUGGAAUUCAUUGCAGAAUUGGAAAACAAUAUUGAUGGAAUUUUAUUUUAAUUGAAUAACAAUUAUAAUAAGUCUAAUAAACAAUUUAAAACUCAUCAGUAGAAAUAGGAAAAAAAAAGUAAAAAGUCAUCUAUCUCUAUGUUGCAUCCAUAUCAUUGUGUGGAUAGGGCUAUAGCUACUCAAGAUUUUUUAGGGUGCAAAAAAUAGAAUAGUCAACAUUGAAGACAAAAAUAGAGUUUAAACAUUUCUACAUAAAAAGAAAUAAUAAUUGUUUUCUUAUUUUCUUUCUUGGUGGAUUCACAUGUUUUAUUCUACAUGAAUUUCAUGUCUUUCUUUUGAACUACUUAUGUUUACAUAUAUUCUAUGCUCCGAAAACACUCCCCCCUCUCCACAUUUCUUGUUUUACACAAGCAUUAAUAACAUUUAAUAUUUUGGCCUGUACAUUUGUAAUUUACCUGGCCAUUUGGCAUAGCUGCCAAAUCUCAAAGAAUCCUAGAUAAUUAGAACAAACAAAAUGUUUCUUUGUCACAGGCUUCACCAUUAUGAUUACUAUGAAGUAAGAUCAUGCUUUCUUACUAUUAGGGGCUAGAUAUAAUAGUAUUAACAUAGUAUAUUUGUCCAUUAUGUUCACAUUGUUUGGAACUAAACAGACCAAUGGAUACAAGUUUCUGUACUAUGUAAUUACUGUAUGAGCCACAGGACCAGUUAUGGACUGAGACAAUUAGCUAAAGGACACAUUAGUCAAGGUGUAAAUGCAGUCAAACGUAUCCAUUUCUUCCCUAAAUAAGUGAUGCUUAUAUUUUACUUUGUAUCUGAAGAUGAUGGCAUACUCAUUUGUUGUUGUUUUUUUUUUGUUUUGCUGUGCAGCGCAAUGUUUGAUUUUUAUAUUGGGUAUGAAUAGUUUGAGUCUUAUUCAAAUGCUUGAUCUGAAUGUUACAUAUAGUUUUUUAUCAAUAAAAAGCAGGUCAGAUAUUUCUUCGGACUUAAAGGAAAGCCUUAUUAUUAUGAUUAUCUUAUAAAUGAUUAAAUUGAAUCUUUUUUUUUAACUUAAUGUUAAAUUGUAGAGAUAGCAAAAUAAUAUAAUUGAUUUAUGGAGCUUGAACAUUUCGUGUAUUAUUGUCAAUGUAAUAAAAGAUAUUAAUAUGUUAUCAAACUUGUUGGUCACUAACGUAUGUAAAAAAAAAAAAUGUUGUUGACUUUGUAAUUUUUUAUUUUUUUUUCAAGGUAUGAUCUUCCUUUUUUUUUCUCAUUUAUAAGAAAAAUACUAGAUCUUCUGUUCUGUUUAGUUUUGUUUUUUUUGUUUGUUUUUUCACUAAAAUAAUUAAUUUGUAUAUUAUUAGUCAAAUUUAUUUGUUCACCAUCAUUAGCUUAGAAAAGUAGCAAAACUAUCAAAUAAAUGUUUUUGUUCUAUGACAGUCUACUUCAUUGACAUACAUAUAAAUCUGAUUGUUCAUUUUUUUAAACUAGUCUUUUUGUAACUGUUCAUGUUAACUGUCCCUUCCAUUGAUGAAUCUCAUUCACAAUUCGUAUAACAAUGAAAUUAAAUAAAAUAUUGUGAAAACUA